AUGGCUCACGCAAAGAUGUAUCAUCGAUGGCCUACGUGAAGAUCAUCACAACGCAGAUGGCCCAUACUCUUAUUAUAGUUUACUUCACGUCAGGAGCAAUAGAUGGGAGUAAAGACAAAGAGCAACAAGAGCGGGCAGUGAAGGAAUGA